AUUAUGCAUUUAAGUACAUGCCAUUAUACACAUACACAUGUAUCUAGACAUGUAUGUAAGAAAUAUGUAGUACUUGGCACGUGCAAAUGAAAUUGGUUAGUCUUAGAAUUAGUGUAGUGCUAACAUAAUUUGUUUAGCAGUUUAACAAAUUAUUGAAGAUAUGUCGACGUUGUUUUGAAUGAUAAAUCCGAAAUGUGUGCAACACGGUCAUAUCCAGAAGGAGAAACAGUCAUGAUUAAUCAAGAAGCCCAUGCGCCCAAAUCCACUCAAGACGGCAAUGUUCAAGUGUUAUCAACAAUACAGAAAGAUCUAUCACCAUUGCCCGAAAAACGUAAGACUAUCACCGAGGACAAAUCAACUGAUACAAAGAGAGUCAAAUUAGACACCAAAUCUCUCAAAACUAAAAGACCUGGCUUGACCGAUGAAAAAUAUGACGAGACGUCUUAUUAUUUUGAAAACGGCCUUCGGAAGGUUUAUCCUUAUUUUUUCACGUUCACAACAUUUACAAAAGGGCGUUGGGUUGGCGAGAAGAUCCUAGACGUGUUUUCUCGUGAGUUCCGUGCGCAUCCUGCUGAAGAAUAUAAGCGCAGUAUAGAGACUGGAAAACUAACCGUAAAUGCGAAUAUAUUCAUGCACAAAACACGUGACAAAACUAUAGUUAAAUGUAUUUUGUAUUAUAGGCAUGAAGUUCCUGUCAGUCUGCAGUCUAUUACUAUAGUUCACAUGGAUGAAGACAUUGUGGUUGUAAAUAAGCCGGCCUCAAUACCAGUACACCCGUGUGGUCGGUAUAGACAUAAUACUGUCGUGUUCAUACUGGCCAAGUCGCACAACCUGAAGAACCUAAGAACUAUACACCGACUAGAUCGUCUUACAUCUGGACUUCUUAUAUUUGGGCGCACCUCAAAGAAAGCCCGGGAAUUGGAACAACAAAUACGAAAUAGACAAGUACAAAAGGAAUAUGUUUGUCGCGUGGAGGGUCGUUUUCCAGAUGGAAUAAUUCAAUGCAAUGAACCUAUUCAAGUUGUCAGCUACAAAAUUGGAGUAUGUAGGGUAUCGCCAAACGGCAAAGACUGCAAGACAACGUUUCAAAGGAUUUCUGAAGUUGGUGACUGCAGCAUUGUUCUCUGCAAACCACUCACCGGACGCAUGCACCAAAUAAGAGUACAUCUACAAUAUUUAGGUUAUCCUAUUGUAAAUGAUCCCUUGUACAACCACGAGGUGUUUGGUCCCUCUAAAGGACGAGGAGGCGACAUCGGAGGAAAAAGUGACGAUCAGCUGAUUAACAAUCUAAUAAAAAUUCAUAAUGCCGAAAACUGGUUGGGAGUUGAAGAAAGCGUAGAUGUUCCAAUGGGAAAUAUAUUAAAAUGUGAACUUAAAAAUUCUGUAGAAAAUGAAGGUUUAAUGGAGAUAGGAGCUCCAAUUAAAAAUGUUACCACACAAACUGGUCACGAAGAGGCAAUCGACCCGUUUGAUCGUGAUAAAACAACAUAUGAUCCAUAUUGUCAUGAAUGCAAGGUUAACUAUAGAGAUCCCAAUGCCAAAGAUCUGCUCAUGUACCUGCAUGCUUGGAAAUAUAAGGGUGUCGACUGGGAUUACAAAACUGAGUUGCCGGACUGGGCUUGUAAAGAGCUCAUUAAUUAUGAUAUACUAUAGACCAGUCGUGGAAAAAGGAAACUGUUCUGCUGCUAGGUUAUAGAAGAAGCAAGCAGUAAGCAAGAAAACGUACGGCUUCGUACCUGUUUGUACCAACAAAUACAUCUAUUUUAAAA